UACACCGGCUUCGUGCCAGACCUGCAGCGCCGCCAGCUGAUGAACUUCGUCCUGGUGACCACAGCCGGCAUCCCAGUGCUGGUGGCGCUGGGCUGCUACCUUUGGUACUUCGUGCCGCCAGUGGCCGGCGGUGGCAGCGGUGCGACACUGGCCGGUGAUCAGGAGGGCAACCCCAUCACAUUGGAGAGUUGGGUGAAGUCGCACAAGGAGAACGACCGCGAGUUGGUCCAGGGCCUCAAGGGCGAGCCGUACUACCUGAUCUCCACCGCAGACAACAUCAAGGACUUCGCCCUUCUGUCUGUGUGCACGCACCUUGGCUGCGUCGUGCCCUGGAGCAAGAGUAACAACAAGUUCUGCUGCCCCUGCCACGGCUCGCAGUACGAUGAGAACGGCAAGGUGGUGCGAGGACCCGCCCCGCUCUCCUUGGCACUCGCGCACACCACCACCCAGGAUGGCAAGUUGGCCCUCACCCCAUGGCCCGAGAAGGACUUCCGCACCGACCUGGACCCCUGGUGGAAGGUGUAA